AUGGCAUCAUCAAAUUCAUGUCUUUUCAGUGCCGUCUCUCCAGCAGCUCGCGAUUUGACGCUUCUCUUAAGAUGCAUUGCAUUUGCUUCCAAGACUCAAGUUCGCUUGUCGCCCGAAGGACUACGUUUCAGUGCUCAAGAAACUAGUGUGAUGGAAGCAUUCGUGUUUCUCUCGAGGUCUCUGUUCACAACUUGGAGCUAUCAGGAUCCUGAAGCUCGCGAAGACGAGUCAGACGAAGACGCCCUUCCACCUCCCACUUUUCAAAUAUCUCUUCCUGCUUUACUCGAAACUCUACAAAUCUUCUCUCUUGGUGACAGCACCGCUUUUAAACAGCAACAAGAUCCUUACGACACGUUUACUGCUUUCAGACAGAAUCGCAAUGCGAACAAUCCUUUCUCCGCCUCAGCACUAGGAUCUUCUGGUCUCUGCCGCAUAGCAUAUGAGACUCGUGGUUGUCCUCUAUCAAUUCAGUUAUCCGAAUCAGACGUCACAACCAAUUGUGAUCUGACCACCUACGAAGCAGAAACAACAGAAGACAUUCCAUUUGAUCGAGAAAGCUUGGCACUGAAGACCAUCAUGCGCUCAGCGCAUUUGGCUGAUGCCAUAUCAGAACUCGGUUCCACGAAUCCUACUAGUCUCUCAUUGACUGCCUCGCCCACAGCGCCCUACAUGUCACUCUCAGCCACCGGGCCACUUGGUUCAGCCACUGUCGACUUCAACAAAGAUCAAGAUCCUUUGCUGCUUGAGACAUUCCAGUGUCCGGCUCGCUUUCGCACAACGUACAAUUUCCGACACAUCAAGGCUGUAUACCGUGCCAUGGUCUCUGCGACCAAAGUCAGCGUCCGCGCGGACGAACAAGGUGUUUUGAGUCUGCAAUUCUUGAUUGAGGUGGAUCCAACAGCACAGGCAGAACCAGGCAAGGAGGGUAUUGCGUUUGUGGAUUUCCGCAUCGUACCCGAGGUCGAUGGGGAAGCUGCAAAGGAAGAUUCGGAAACGGAUGAUGAAUAA